UUUCCUUUCCUUUGUAAGAAGGUUGGAAAGCUAAUUCUAACCAAAGGUAGGAAUCGCCUCCAACUCCCUCUCCGACUCUCCCCGAUUCUCCACUCAUCUCCUCUCGUUCCCGACUCUCGUCGAUGCUCCCCUCACUCUCUCUCCCUCUACACUUUUCCUGCCCUUUCUCCUCUCUUUUCAGCUUCUCUUUGCAGGGAUUGAGCUUCUGGUAAAUCUGGUUGGAAGCGGUGUGUUCCGGGCACAGUGAUUAGGGCUUUUCUUUGUUGUUUCGGGCUCUAUUUGCGCUGCAGAAAUCGACCAAUUUGAGCGAUUUGCAACUGAUUUUCUUCCGUUCAGUGGCGUUUGGCUGCUGCAAGUCGUGUGUGCUGAUUUGCAGUGGAUUCAGUUUUAACCCCAACACCAUAAAUCUAUUUCCAGUUGAUCGGCCUAUAGAAUACAACUUUUUGCUGCAUUCAAUAUUAACUCUGUGGUAGCUCAUGGCAACAUCUGAUGGUGUUUCAUACUCUUCACUUUCUAAGCUAAAAAGGGAUAAUGAUAAGUUCCAGUAUGAUGAUGACUAUAGUGAUUCAGUCUGGGCUUUGGCAGAAAGCAGGAUGACCACCCCCUCAGGUUCAAAGGCCUUGACGCAGGAUCAACCAUACCAAUUUUCUGUUGAAUCUGAAGAUUUUCUGGAUGGAGGAUAUGAUUCAAGUGAGGAACCUUGUGAUCUGGUGCAAUAUAAUAGGCCGCCAGAGGUGAACUUGAAAAAUGUGUUGAGUGGGAUAUUUGCAAUUCUAACUGGUUGGAAUAAAACAUCUACUGAUACUGGAGAUCUGCAGUACUCUGGUUCUAAUGUUUCAUUUCUUGGGUCUGGAAAGAAUGGAGACAGUGUCUUGACUUCCUCUGUUUACAUACCAAGUGCCCCUCCACUUCUUGAGCCAAGUGGGAUAAACUAUGGAGCUUACAAAGAGGUUUUGGAGGCUGAUCCUCCGGAGUGGAUUCCAGACAGUUUCGCUACAGUUUGCAUGCAGUGCACUGCUCCAUUCACAGCCCUUACCUGCGGCAGACAUCAUUGUCGCUUUUGUGGAGGGAUAUUCUGUAGAGCAUGUUCAAAGGGGAGGUGCCUAUUACCUGUUAAGUUUAGAGAAAGAAAUCCACAGAGAGUGUGUGAUGCUUGCUAUGAUAGGCUUGAUCCCUUACAAGGAAUCCUGAUUAACACCAUCAGUAAUGCUGCACAGGUUGCUAAGCAUGAUGUAAUGGAUUGGACUUGUACUAGAGGGUGGCUGAAUCUUCCAGUUGGCUUGUCAAUGGAACAUGAGAUAUACAAAUCAUGUAAUACAUUGAAGAGUUAUUGCCAGGUGGCUAGGUUGAACCCUGAGAAAUCCAUACCUUCAGCAGUUUUGAAAGGAGCCAAGGGUUUGGCAAUAUUAACUGUUGCUAAAGCUGGAAUGCUGGUUGCUUACAAACUUGGUACUGGUUUGGUUGUUGCACGAAGAGCAGAUGGAUCAUGGUCUGCACCGUCAGCUAUAUUUUCUAUUGGUUUAGGAUGGGGUGCUCAGGUUGGGGGUGAGCUCCUGGACUACAUAAUUGUGCUUCAUGAUUCUAGAGCUGUGAAGACAUUUAGCAGUCGCAUGCAUUUUUCUUUUGGGGCUGGCUGCAGUGCUGCAGCAGGACCUGUUGGGAGAGUGUUGGAAGCGGACCUUCGUGCCGGAGAUAAGGGUUCUGGCAUGUGCUAUACUUACAGUUGUAGCAAAGGUGCAUUCGUUGGUGUCUCACUGGAAGGGAAUAUUGUUGCGACAAGGAUGGAUACUAAUCUACGCUUCUACGGUGAUCCUUACCUCACAACAUCUGACAUUCUUCUCGGUCCCGUAGACAGGCCAAAAGCGGCUGCACCCUUGUACGCUGCGCUCAACGACCUCUGCUGUAAACUAAGAUGCUAAGCUGUGUACAGGAGGAUGUCAUCUCUUGUGAAUAUACCCUUCAAAAAAUUCCCAGUGUAGUCUACUCAAUUGUUGGUAUUGACUGUACAGUAUGUUUAUGCAAAAGUUGAUUAUUGAUAUUGUCAUCUUCCUCCAAGGAAACCCACACCUUUUCUUUUUCCAUUGCCAUGUAUUUGUUCGUUCUUUCUUUUAGCUGUAUACGUGGGCGAUGGAAUGAUAAUUGAUAAUUGAUAAUGAGCACUUAAUAAUGAACCAACCUGUAUGCUUGUGAA